AUGCAUGCAGAAGGAGGAAUGAGCAUAGUCGAUUUACAAGAGUUGAUUGACCGAAGAAUUCCGGAGCAUAGGAAUAAGUUGGAGACCUCUCACGAGUAUUUGAAGUCCUUGGCAAAUCAGUGUGAGCAAAAUUAUGUAAUUCAUUCAAAGGUUAGUUUUUUCCCCCUAUUCUGAAAUAUCCAAAAAGAACAUGUUCAGAAUCAAUCCCAAAUACUGGAACAAACGAAGCAGGCAGCCAUUGAGUCGGUGGCCAGUGUUGCUUGGCAAAUCCACAGUAUGACCAGGUUAAUUCCUCCCAAUAAAUCAUUCAUUUCAUAACACGCGUUUAGAGACUUUCUCGAUAUGCUAGAGCUGCAAACGGACAAAGUUAACUCCUUGACGAAUCAAGUGCUGUAUGUGAGUCAGGUGGUCGACAUUCACAAGGAAAAACUGGCAAGACGAGAAAUCGGAGCUCUUACAACAAACAAAACACCUUAUAAGCAACCGAAGAUCAUUGCUCCUGCGGUACAGGUUAGUUAAAAAGAUUAUAAAACAUGAACAUACGAAGAACUCAUUUCAGGAGCCAAAAGAAAGAUAUCAACGAAAACCGAUAGAUUUCUCUGCACUGGAUGGAUUAGGACAUGGAGUGAGGACAUCAGAUACAUCGAGAGCCGCGCUGAUCUCUCGAGCUGCUUCUUCAAUAUCUGGAAGUUCUCCAUCUCAAUUCCACAAUGACUCUCCUGCGUACGGCGUCUAUUCGGGCGAACGUACUGCCACCCUCGGCCGUUCUAUAAUGCGUCCCUACGCUCCGUCGAUCGCUCCGUCUGACUAUCGUCUACCACAGGUAUCAUUUACAUUCUCAGAUGGUGUCUGACGCAUGCAAACAUCGUCACCAUUCAUAAAGAAUUCCGACAAUUCGGAACAAGAUAAUCGGAUUAUAAGUGGGAGAUGAUUGCAGGUGGCACCACUGCAGGAGUCACGAAUGACCCGCCAAAUCAGUCACGGAUCAGAGUUUGGUGAGCAUAUGAGUGGCGGCGGCAGCGGAAGCCAUCACGGAUCCUCGGACUACAAUCACAGCUACCAAUCCGAUCGGUACGGAACAAUUCGUGCCGGUGGCGGACGGAUGAUGGCCGAUGGUCCGAGACUGUCUUCCGCGCAAAGCAGCACGGGAGGAGGGGAGUCUCCGACGUUCCCACUUCCACCUCCGCAGCUCUCGACACUGCACUACAAUGGAUACGUGGCACCAGGAAGUGUUGUUCAACAACAGCAGCAACAACUUCAAAUGCAGCAGCAGCAGUACGGGACGAUUCGGAAGCAAAGUGUGAACAGACACGAUCUGCCACCUCCACCGAGUUCCGUUCUGAGCGGAGGACCGAGUAACCUCGCACACCCCGAAGACAUAGACGAUCUGCCACCGCCGCCCGCUGACCUCGGAGGAUCCUCCGCUUAUGGGGUUCUCGGCGGAGGCAGCAGUCUGACACCGACUGCCAAUCUUUUCGAUGCUUCUUCUGGAUGGGUACCGCAGGGAGAUUAUAUCGAAAAAGGUUAGGAAAGCAAGAAAUACGGCAGUCUAUUACUGAUCUGUUUUCAGCUCGGGUAUUGUACGACUACGACGCUGAAAAGGAGGACGAGUUGACACUUCGAGAGAACGCCGUCGUUUACGUGGUCAAGAAGAACGAGGACGGAUGGUACGAAGGCGUCUUAGACGGAGUCACCGGGCUUUUCCCCGGCAACUACGUGGAAAAGCUAUAA